AUGACACCACUCAAAUACCGCUGGGCACAUGGUGUUAACUCUUACGCCUUAUUAGCAGACGUCCAACGUCAAAUUAAAGAGGCCCAGCAACAUCAAUUUGCUGUCCCAAACUUUGUUAAUGCUAUCGAAGCUGACAUUAUUUGGAGUGAAGAUCAAGAGAUUCCUGUCAUGGGGCACCCCCCUGCUAUAACUGGUGAUUUAACUUUUUCACACUUUUUAUCAGUCAUGUUGGAUCUUGCUUUAACACUUAAGAGCUUGAAUUUCAAUUUUAAGACGCCGUUAAUCGUGAAGUGCGACUUUAAAAGUAGUCGUGCAUUCGAGAUGUCAUUGGAAAUGCUGAUUAAAUUUAUGACCCUUUAUCCUUAUUCAAAGGGUAUCUUCAUAAAUGCCGAUAUCUUACCAGGUCCAGCAAAUUCGGACUAUGUCGCUUUUGAUGCGUCAACGUUCUUAAAUCAGGUUUAUCAUUUAAGUGAGUAUGAAGGAGGCAAACAUCGUGAUAAACUCGUGCUCUCUGUGGGGUGGACGACAGCUAACAACAAUGAAGAAGAAAUUCAUCGCGAGUAUUCUUUGGAAAUGGUGCAUGAGAUGCUGCGUGCAUUGCAGCCAUUGGGAGACAACAUUGUAGUAACAUUUCCUAUUCGAGCAACUAGUGUGCGCAAGUCGUGGCCUGCAUUGCGUCUCCUGCUUGAGUCUAAAAAUUACGGAUUAACGCUGUGGUGGACAAAGACUCAGAUUUCGGAUGAAGAGCUCGAGUGGAUUUUUUCCACGCUUGAAAACGAACAAGACAAAAGCUGCAUUGAUGCCCAGCCAACUUACGCUGGACGAACGUUUUACGACAUCAAAGGCUUUGAUAACUUUUUAGCCAAACGCAGUAGCUCCAAUGCACAGCUGUAA